GGCGCCGACGGUUCCCGCCAGCCCACCGCUCUCGAGCUCGAAAUCGCCGAGAACCAGGGUAAGACUUUCUACGAGAAAGUCGCCAAGGUCAACUUCGCUUGACUGCAUGGCAGCGACGAGUCGAAGCCCGAGGCAGCACCUGCUGCUGCGGCUGCUGCUCCCCAGCAGCAGUCCAAGGCUGAGACUAAGCCUGCACAGAACAAGCAGAGCACCCAAGAGGCAAAGAAGGAGAAGAGUGAGGAGGGACCUUGUGGUCUGCCUAAGAAGUGUAACAUUCUCUGAUCAGAUCAUUGCGUAUACCCCGUCGUCUCUUUUGCACUUGGUUUUAUGUCCUGUUUAGUUUCUGUAUAGUGAGUGGCGUUUUGGUUAAGAGGGAGACAUGAAAUAAUAAUGAAAUAUCCAAUAUCAAUAUAAAGAUUAUAUUACUGUAUUUUAUAUUAUAUAAACCAGAUGAAGUAGAACCAUGUAUACGAUCUAAUAAAAGAGCUGC